CGUCCGUCAGGACCGGCCCUCCCGUCCGCCAGGACCGGCCCGGCCUCCGCCGCUUCUCCUCCAGUUUGAGAAACCAAGGUUGGAAGAGAGGAAGAUGUGGCCAUGAAGCCCGAACACCGCCGCCCCCGCCGCCCCCCGCCGGCCCCCAAAGCCAUGAGCCUGGGUCCCCUCCGCGCCCGCUCCGCUCCGCCCACCGCCCCGGCCCCGGCCGCGGCCCCCGUUGAUGCCGCAGAGCUCGCCCAGCGCCGCCGCCUCCACCGCCUCCGACAUGGACAAGAACAGCGGCCCCAGCGGCUCCUCCGCCACCUCCGGCUCCGGAAAAGGGCAGCAGCCGCCCCGCUCCGCCUCGGCCGGGCCCGCCGGAGAGUCUAAGCCCAAGAGCGAUGGAAAGAAUGCGAGCGGAGGCAAGCGUUAUAACCGGAAACGAGAGACUUCCUAUCCCAAAAAUGAAAACUUUUCCAGCCAGUCCCGUCGCUCCAACUCACAGAAAAGCAAAGCUUUUAACAAGACACCCCCUCAGAGGGGCGGCGGCAAACCCUUUAGCUCUUCUUCUAAUGGUGGAAGACGAGAUGAGGUAGCAGAGGCUCAACGGGCAGAGUUCAGCCCUGCCCAGUUCUCUGGCCCGAAGAAGAUAAACCUGAACCACUUAUUGAACUUCACCUUUGAGCCCCGUGGCCAUGGCGGUCACUCCGAAGGCAGCGGACAUGGCAACUGGGGGAAAAGAAACAAGUGGGGCCACAAACCUUUCAAUAAGGAGCUCUUCCUCCAGGCUAACUGCCAGUUUGUGGUUUCUGCAGACCAGGACUACACCGUUCACUUUGCCGAUCCGGAUACUUUAGUCAACUGGGACUUUGUGGAGCAAGUGCGCAUCUGUAGCCACGAAGUGCCAUCCUGCCCAAUAUGCCUCUACCCACCAACGGCAGCAAAGAUCACGCGCUGCGGGCAUAUCUUCUGCUGGGCGUGUCUCCUGCACUAUCUGUCCCUGAGCGACAGGACCUGGAGUAAAUGUCCCAUCUGUUACAGUUCCGUUCACAAGAAGGACCUGAAGAGUGUCGUCGCUACCGAAUCGCGCCAGUAUAUCGUCGGUGACACCAUCACGAUGCAGCUUAUGAGGCGGGAGAAGGGGGUGUUGGUUGCGCUGCCCAAAUCCAAGUGGAUGAACGUAGAUCAGCCCAUUCACCUGGGAGAUGAGCAGCACAGCCAGUUCUCCAAGCUUCUACUGGCUUCUAAGGAGCAGGUGCUGCAGCGAGUGGUGUUGGAGGAGAAAGCAGCAUUACAGCAGCAGUUUGAGGAAGAGAAGCACACCCCUGAGGCCUGCUUUAUUGAGGCAGCUAUCCAGGAGCUCAAGGAUCGAGAGGAGGCUUUAUCUGGGUUGGAAGAAGCUGGAGGAGGCGGCGUUACCAGUGUAGUUACAGCUUUGGAGGCUCUGGUUCUGCUAGAAGCUGCCAAGGAGACCGUGGUCCAGCCGGAUAAGGGCGUGCUGGAGUAUCUGUCCGCCUUCGAUGAAGUAACCGCAGAGGUUUGUCCCGGGGGCUCGACCGUCUCCGCUCCUCCCCUUUCUCCUCCCCCUCCCGCUCCCCCGGUGGUGGAGGAAGAAGAGCCGUCCGCCGAAGCGGGUUUGGCGGCGAUGGCGGCGGCGGGCGGCUCGGAGUUUGCAGGUGGAAGUGCCGGGGAAGGGACCGGUUGCCUAGAGACCACCGGGCAGGAGCCGAAAGCCGGGAGUCAGGACCUCCAGGACCUGGGAACCUCUCCUUGUUACUACUUCUAUCAAGCGGAGGACGGGCAGUACAUGUUCCUGCACCCUGUGAACGUGCGUUGCCUGGUGCGGCAGUACGGCAGCCUGGAGCAGAGCCCGGAAAAGAUCACCGCCACCGUGGUGGAGGUAGCCGGCUACUCCAUGACCGAGGAUGUCCGACAGCGCCAUCGUUACCUCUGUCACCUACCACUCACCUGUGAGUUCAGCAUCUGUGAACUGGCUCUACAGCCGCCGGUGGUGUCCCAGGAAACGCUGGAGAUUUUUUCAGAUGACAUCGAGAAGAGGAAGCGCCUGCGGCAGAAGAAGGCUCGAGACGAGCGGCGGCGGGAGCGCAGAAUUGAAAUGGAGGAGAACAAGAAGCAGGGCAAGUAUCCAGAAGUCCAUAUCGCUCUGGAGAACCUGCAGCAAUUUCCUGCCUUCAACUCCUGCUCGACAGACCCCACUUCUGUUCCCACCAGCACCGAAGGCCAGGGUUCCUUCUCCCAGUCUCCUCUAAGCAGAAGCCCUGGCUCUCAAACAGACUGUCACCUGACUCCUGGGUCCCCUGCCGCCGGAACCGGCAGCCCACCAUUCUGUGUUGGCAGUCUGGAAGAAAAGUCUCCUUUCCCGUCCUUUGCCCAGAUGCUGAGGGCUGGAAAGGCAAAAGCAGACCUGUGGCCCAAGGCUGCCCCAAAGAAAGACGAGAACAGCCUUGCCCCUCCCGGCCCCCUGGACAGUGAUGGAGAGAGCGACAACUCGGACCGGGUGCCUGUGCCCAGCUUCCAGAAUUCCUUCAGCCAAGCGAUCGAGGCAGCCUUCCUGAGACUGGACACCCCGGCCACCGACCAGCCCCUCCCUGACGAGAAAGGCGGCAAGAAGAGGAAGAAACAGAAGAAGAAGCUGUUGUUCAGCACCUCGGUGGUCCACACCAAGUGACUCUGCUGGCCCCACGAAGUUCCCCUGUCCUGGUUUUUCUUUCCCUUUGCUUUGUUUUUGCUGCUAGAAUUUUUAAGUACUGGAGUCUGAGCAGAUUAGCUCUGUGGGGGGGGGGGGGGGGCUGGUUUCCAGGGCUUGAAGGGGAAACCAAGAAAAUCAUUUUAAAUACAGUGUAUUUUCCAGCUUCACAAUUUUACACCAAAAUCAAGUAUUGACACCCCCUCCCACGAGAGAAUCGUCAGCCGAGGUUUCUGGCGUGUGCCAAUUCGGUCCGGUUGGCCCCACGUCCGAGUCACGUGUCGGCGCGUCUCCGGGCCCCGCCAGGAGGCAAGGAAACCGUGCCCUUGGCUGACCGACCGCCGGCUGGAGGGCCGGUGAGCUGCUCCUAGCCCCAAACCAACCGCCCCACACCCCCUCGGGCUGCUGCGUUGUCUCUCCUGGGGCGAAGGCACAGCAUCAUGGUCUUAGAGAGCACACUAAUCGCAGCUCCUGUGUUUCUGAUAGUCUCAUACUUUUUGAUUUUAUUUUUUUUUUCCUAACAGUGGGAGGGAUGGGAGUGGAAUCAGGAUCAAAUCACAGCCAUUUCUCUCAUCAGGCAGCAAUCCUAUGGUGCCAACUCCACCCCGGAGAGGGGCCGGCUUCAGAGGGUUGGAUUUCCAGACACCCAGGGAGAGGGGACAAGCUCUUGACCACUCAGCCUCCGUCUGCUGACCCAGGAGCAAAGAAUCAGUGACCUUAUGUGAUGGGGGAAGGGUGAAACUGGGUCAGAGGGACGGGGGAAGGAAAGGAAAGCUUCCCGGUAGAGGGGAGUGGGAAUUGCCAAUGGCAACGGUGCGUGGAGUUGUGCGAGAGCGGAGAUGGCAGGGCCUCAUACGUGCCAAGGUGUAGCGGGGCGAGGUGGCGACACAGGCUCAGCCCUCACCAGCUGUGUUUCUGGCUCCUCCAGCCUCCCUCCUGCUUCAUCUGCAGGCACGGUCUCCCUCUCCUCGGGCUUUGAUUUGAAACUGAGUUAAGUGAUGUUUUUUUUCUUUGUUGUUGUUGUUGUUGGUGAAUUAAGUGAACCCUAGGUGUACCGUAAUGGCCAAGGCAAACAGUUGCAAUAAAUCAUAUGCACAAGAG